AUGCCAUCUUUAGUAGCAUUCGGGCGCAAGUGGAAUAUUGCCAGUGACGAUUUUGUUUUUCCUGAAUUAACUGAGGCUCUUGUACGACUAUCAUGGAUGGCAUUCGCGUUUGCCGUUUUCAUCCUCCAUUUUCCCUUAUCGUGUACAGGAAAGGAUAUGACAUUACCAUUACUGACCCUGUUAUUCAUCAACGGUGUGACAGUUGCGCUAGCGCUCUCGAUGGCAGGAAUCUCGGCAAGAGGUUCGAUUAUGCAUCCGUAUCCUAGACGUCAUGUAGCAACUCUUUUAUACAUACGAUUACCGAUAUUUAUUAUUGAAAUUGUACUAACUGCUUUUUCAACAAUAAACGCUUUUCGACCGGAUCAUCCUGACUCUGCAUGUCACUUUUCGAAUAUCCUAAAAGUAACGGUAGCCUUGGAAUGGUUGCUGAUUGUGAGCGUCUUUGUCGGAGUUCUUGUCGUAUUUAAUACAGUCGAUGACGAUAGCCUGGAAGACACUUCUGCCAUCGCACGGAGAACGUGGUCAAGAAGAUUUAAGAUCGUGAGUUCGUUCUCUUGCAUAGAGUCCUAUGGGCUCUUUUUUUGA